UCUACUGUGUAAUAAGUGAAAGCAACACGUCUGAUCGACUUUCUCCGUCUCUUUUAAGCAUCAUGGGAUCCAGUGAGAGCAAGGUGGUGGUUUGUGCACCAAUAAAACCAGAACCAUCGAUCAAAAACAGCCGAGUCACUGAUCUGAUGGACCCACGCUCUCCAACAGCCCUCGAUCGUACCCCCAUCCAGGUUGCCGUGUCCAAAACCGAGUGUCCACUGGCGUUCACAGACCCCCGCUCACCGUCUAUCGAGAUCAGCCGCACCCCCGCCAGAGAAGUCAUGAGCGCCACAGUUGGGUCCUUCGCCCGCCGCCUGGGCUUGCUUUUGCUCAACGAAUCUGAGGGCCAAGUCCCUGAAGCGCCUCCCAAAUGCUUCAACGCCGUAGAGGAUGAGGAGAGUUUUAAGGGUGAAGAGGAGCUGGCGUCCACCGUGCCCCUCCUGUCCCACCAGCCCUCACACACCUACGACUCUUUGGCUAAACACGCUAACCUCCUGGUGACCCCCCUCCAGAGUGAGGGUGACCAGAGCCCCUUCGUGCUCCUGCAGACCCCCCAGGAGGACGUGGAGCUGGAAACAGAGACGGACCUUAGCCUGGAGGAGGCCGAGGAAGCCAGAGAGACUCCGCUUCACAAGAGGCUGAGCAUGAGCCUGAUCACCUACCAUGAGGGGGAGACAUCCGCCCAGAUCUUCGCUGACGUGCACUGUGACGGGGCUUCAUCUCCAAGGAUGAGUGCGGACGUGGAGACCCUCGAGGACAACGUGGAUCAUACCUACGACCUUCCUACAAUCACUGUUGAACCAGAGACCCCCGUUGAACCCUCCUUCGCUGCUGAUUCAGAGGCUUCCCCAGCACAGGAGACAGAGGAGACAGAAACCAAAGCUCAGGAGACAGAGGAGACAGAAACCAAAGCUCAGGAGACAGAGGAGACAGAAACCAAAGCUCAGGAGACAGAGGAGGAGACAGAAACCAAAGCUCAGGAGACAGAGGAGACAGAAACCAAAGCUCAGGAGACAGAG